AUUGUCGAUGAUUGUCGACUAUCUUGAUUGAUAAUUUUUGUUUUCACCACUCCCAGGCCCAUGUAGUGGACUUUCCUGCCCAGGAUUAGGUAUCUGCCUCCCUAAGCCGGCACCUGCAUUGAGUACUGGCAGACUUUGGCACCCAAGUACCUCCUGCACACCAACUACUUCUAUCCCCUAUACUGUAGGCUACCUACCCUAGGUACCUACCUGCCUACCACACAGGUACCGUACCUAGGCAUUUGCACUGCACGCAUUUUGCUACCUUAGGUACCUACCUAGCUGAACGAACCCUCAACCCUCGUGAAUCCUUCCAAGCGUGCCACCACCACCAGUCCAGUCUCACUAAUCUGCCUACCCACUUCCAAUCCACAUCCACAACACUCAACUCGGUCAAUCAUUUUGCCAACCAUCGCCGUUCAAUCCCCAAGAUCAAAAAUCAAAUACCACAUCGACAGCCUGUCCAGCUCUGCCCCCCCCACUCGAUGCUGUCGAUGGGUGCCGCCUGACGCCUGUUCAUCUUUCGUCCAUUUGCUUCUGUCCUCCCACUGUCCAAUUUACCAUUGUCAUUCUUCUACUAGCCCCCCGUUGCUCCAACCGCCAUGGAUGCCAACGUCGUCAGGAGUCGCGUCCUGGCAACCCUGAGCCCUGAUGCCAACGUGCGCCGGGCUGCUGAGCUCGAGCUCAAGCAGGCCGAGGGGCAUGCAGGCUUCACCGAUGUUCUCCUCGAAAUUCUGAGCGCCGAGUCCGAAGACUCCGUUCGACUGUCGACCGUCAUCUACCUAAAAAAUAGGACAAAUCGGGGCUGGUCCAGGAGCGACCACUAUCCCGAUGAGCCUCUGAUCGCUGAAGAUGAAAAGCAACGCUUCCGCGACCGCAUCCUCCCCAUUCUCGCCGCCUCGCGUGGUCCAGUGCGACAGCAGUUGUUGCAGCUAAUUCAACGUAUCCUACAUUUCGAUUUCCCCGGGAAAUGGCCCACCUUCAUGGAUGUGACCCUUCAACUUCUCCAUGCCAACGAUCCCCCAUCCGUCCUCGCAGGUCUGCAGUGCUUGCUCGUCACUUGUCGCGCAUAUAGGUUCAAAGGAAACCAGGAUGUUGGGAGGGUGGAAUUUGACAAGAUAAUUGAGGCUAGUUUUCCACGUCUUCAGCAAGUCUGCAACGAAUUGGUAAACCAAGAGAGUGAUGAGGCUGGUGAGAUGCUUCAUAUCGCUCUUAAGGCCUACAAACAUGCAACUUGGCUCGAACUUUCUAGCUUCCUAAGACAACACGAAGUCAAUAUUGGAUGGUGUACCAUUUUCCUACAGACUAUCUCGAAAGCUAUACCGGCUUCUGCUAUGCCCGAUGAUGUUGAUGAGAGGGAACGUCAUCACUGGUGGAAGGCGAAGAAAUGGGCAUACUUUAAUCUCAACAGACUUUGGAUUAGACACGGCAAUGCUCAAGGUCUAUCCACGAAGACUGACGAGACGACAAAAUUUGCUAAGGACUUCGAGUCUACGAUCGCACCAGAAAUUUUGAAGCACUACCUAUCAGAAAUUGAGAAAUGGGUUUCGAAGACCACCUGGUUAAGCAAGCCUUGCCUCUCCUAUACUCUUGUCUUCCUCGACGAAUGCUGUCGCCCCAAAUCGACUUGGAAUUUAAUGAAGCCACACUUGAACAAUCUGGUCACACACUUGGUCUUCCCGGUGUUGUGUCUCAGCCAAGAGGAUGUUGAGAAGUUUGAGGAUGAACCAGAGGAGUACCUGCACCGAAAACUCAACUUUUACGAGGAAGUAUCCGCGCCUGACGUCGCAGCUACCAACUUCCUCGUUACCCUCACGAAAGUCAGAAGAAAACAAACCUUUGAGUUGCUCCAAUUCAUUAACAGUGUCGUGAGUGAAUACGAGCAAGCACCUGUCGAAAACAAAAAUCACAUCGCGAAGGAAGGCGCCCUAAGGAUGAUCGGCACUCUAGCUCCUGUUCUCCUUGGUAAGAAGAGUCCCAUUGCUGACCAAGUUGAAUAUUUCCUUGUACGAUACGUCUUCCCCGAUUUCAAAAGCCCCCAAGGCUACUUGCGUGCUCGGGCCUGUGACACCAUCGAAAAAUUUGAACAGCUUAAUUUCAAGGAUCAAAAUAACCUUCUCAUCAUCUACCGUCAUAUUCUCGACUGCAUGGCGGAUACAGACCUGCCGGUCAGAGUCACAGCCGCGUUGGCUCUGCAGCCCUUGAUCAGGCACGAUGCCAUUCGCAUCAGCAUGCAACAAAGCAUUCCUACGAUUAUGCAGCAGCUACUCAAAUUGGCUAACGAAUGCGAUAUCGAUGCACUCGCUAAUGUUAUGGAAGACUUUGUUGAGGUAUUCGCAACUGAGUUAACACCAUUUGCUGUAGCUCUGAGUGAGCAGCUAAGAGACACAUAUUUGAGGAUUGUCCGCGAACUAUUAGAUAAGAACGAAAACCGCAAUGACGAUGAUGGAGAAUAUGGGGAUUACCUGGAUGACAAGAGUAUUACAGCUUUGGGUGUCCUUCAGACCAUUGGCACCCUAAUACUCACUCUGGAGAGCACACCAGAUGUACUCUUGCACAUCGAGGCCGUCCUAAUGCCUGUGAUUCAGAUCACCCUCCAGAAUAAACUUUACGAUUUGUACAACGAAGUGUUUGAAAUCAUCGACAGCUGCACUUUUGCCGCUAAGGGAAUAUCACCCACCAUGUGGCAAGCAUUCGAACUUAUACAUGCAACUUUCAAGUCGGGUGCCGAGCUUUAUCUAGAAGAUAUGCUGCCUGCUCUUGAUAACUUUGUUCAAUACGGCGCAUCGCAACUUGUUCAGAAACCCGAAUACGUAACGGCCUUAUAUUCCAUGGUGUCAGACAUGUUCCAAGAUCAGAAGGUAGGUGGUGUCGACCGGAUAUGUGCUUGCAAGCUUGCCGAGGCUAUGAUGCUCAGCCUAAAGGGUAGCAUCGAUACGUCCGUCACCGGCUUUAUUACAAUGGCUAUGACAGUCCUCAACAGUCACGAGGUGAAAGUCAAGUCAUACAAAAUCCACCUGAUGGAAAUGGUGAUCAAUGCCAUCUAUUACAAUCCAGUGUUGACUCUGGCGGUUCUGGAGGCCAAGGGCUGGACAAACAAGUUCUUCAGUCUCUGGUUUGGAAACAUGGAACAUUUCAGCCGUGUUCACGAUAAGAAGCUAUGCAUUGUGGCUAUAGUAUCAUUACUCAGCAUUAAUCCGGAUCAAAUUCCCGCUAGCGUAUCGACAGGGUGGCCGAGACUGCUACAAGGCAUAGUUUCUCUCUUCAAAACUCUGCCUGCUGCGAUGAAGAACCGCGAGGAUGCACUGAAAGACGACUUUACUUUCGAUCCUAAUAGCUAUGACGUUGAGGAUGAUGAGGAGUGGGGUGAAGAAGAUGCUAAUUGGACCGCCGAUGGUCCCGAAGAUCAGAAUGAUGGCCGGGACGAGAGCACCGCAUACCUCGAGUUUCUCAACGAAGAAGCCCAAAAGUUCAGUCAGAUCGAAAAUCAGUACCAUGAUGACUCAGACGAAGAGUUAGGCGAGGACAGUGUGCUUUUGGAGUCACCCCUCGACAAAAUCGAGCCCUAUCAGCUAUUGCGUGGUGCCCUUAUGAAAAUGCAACACGAAAACCCGCAGUUUUAUUCGGGACUCACCUCCCAUCUCUCCACAGAUGAACAAGCUGUCAUACAAGCUGCCUAUAACCAAGCACAGGCCAAUGCUCAGGCUGCUGUGCAAUUGGCUGCCGACGCUGUUGGGAAUAAUCAGAUACCACAAUCAGCUGCGUCAAACGGUGGUGUCAGUUAGGAGAAAGCGCAGCGGCUGCAGUUCAAGGGCGUAUCUUUUAAAACCCAAUGGCUAUCCAGAAAAAAAGUCUUUUGGCUAUUCCUGAACCCAUGGGCGGGCGAGGUAUAGACUAGACUCAUGCUGUCGUGAUCGAUUGGCGGCCUAUUCAAUAUGAUGCAUGAGAGCUUGGCACGAAAUCACAUGCAAUUGAACCAAGUUAUAAUCAUUUGGGCACUGCCAUGUGCUCGACUCGAGGAUCAGCGAAUGAAAGUUAUGUCAGUAUCUCUACAUAGCAUGGGGUAGCUUAGAUAGGUAGGUAGGCAUGCCCUUUGAUGGAGUUUGCACAAGCGGUACUUAGGUCUUCUGCCAUCCCAUAUUGCAUACCUACCUUAGGUAGUCAGGGAAGGUUCAGAUACGAGAUAUUACGAUGAUGAAGCACAUAGGAUACUGCAAGCGAAGUUUCAAACGUGCGAUGGUGCGGGAGGGAGGAGGGGGUAACAAGAUUCUAGACCGUGCAAACAUCCCUCACAAAAAAAAAACACGUUAAAUAUUAUUUUACCCUCCCUUUUGGCAAGUUUUGCACUGUGAUCCUUAAUUCUUGAAGUCCUGCCGUCCUUAUUUGUAGUUCAGAUAUGUAUGCAUUCAGG